AUGGCCUUUUUCGUUACCGUUCGUCUUUACCUUGUGCUUCUUUCGAGCAUAAUUGCUGGUAGUUCCAGCUUUUGUCCAUCCCUAUCAGUGAUAGCCAGUGUUAUGCAUCUGUCAGAAAAUAUGGCCGGUGUGAUGAUAUUGGCAUUCGGAAACGGAACGCCUGACAUCUUCACGUCUCUCGUAUGCCGUAGCGAGGAUUUUAUAAUCAUGUUUAUGGAAUUGAUAAGCGCAGGAAUCUUCGUGACAACGAUAAUCGCGGGUUCCGUUGCCGUGGUCAAGCCUUUUCAUGUAUAUUUUAAGUCCUUGAUGAGAGAUACAUGCUUUUACAUAGCAGCACUCUGUUGGAUAACUUACGUUGUACACGACGAGAGAGUUCAUCUAUGGGAAGCCAUAACCACGAUAUUUCUUUUGGAAAUAUCACGGAAUUGGUUCACCGAUUGGUUCACAAAGAUCGAAGUGAAAAUGAAGCAACAAAAGUGUAAAUUCGAGAGAAUUUCAUCGUACACCAGCUUCAUUCUCCUCUACGUUCUCUUCAUUGUCGGUGUCGUGAUAAUGCAAUGGCGUGAUACUCGAGAGGAAAAAGUGAAAAGUAGAAUCCCAAGCGUACCAGAUCCAGAUGUAUUACAUGCUUAUCUCCUGAACAAAGAUACGGACGCUAUCGCCAUCUCACAGAUUCCCACGAGGAGCCGUCCUUUUGGCUUCCGAGCCAAACUCGACAUUGCUAUUUCCACUGAAUUGGAGAGAGCACGAAUUCGUAGUGAUGGCAUCAAGGUUGAUAGAGAAUUCGAGGAUGUAUCCGAACGACCAAGAGGCCUCUUCAAAGAAUUUCUCUACGACAUUAAUCCGAUUUCGAGAGAGGAUUGGAAGCAAGCGAACCGAUUUUUUAAGAUCAUCCUGGUUCUAUGUGCCCCUGUUAGGUUUCUCCUACAAUUAUUUAUACCUGUUGUAAACGUUACGGCAGAAAAGAGAGGUUGGUCCAAGCUGCUAAAUUGCUUCCAGCUGUGUGUGACACCGACGGUGGCGUUGUUUCUAUUAAACGGUUAGUC